AUGCUGCUUCCUGCCCUCCUCUUUGGGAUGGCAUGGGCACUGGCUAACGGGCGGUGGUGUGAACAUACGCAAACCUUCCUGGUGGAGGAGGAAGUUGUCCCCCACCAGGAGGACCUGGUGCCCUGCACCAGCCUCUACUAUUACCAGCGCCUGGGCUGGCAGCUGGACCUGUCCUGGAGUGGACGUGCUGGGCUCUGUCCCAUCUACAAGCCCCCAGAAACCCGGCUCACUGCAAGGAACCGGACAGUGAGGGCUUGCUGUCCAGGCUGCGGGGGCAGCCACUGCACCCUGGCCCUUGCAGAGGCCAGCCCUGGGGGCCGCUGCUUUGCCACUCAGCAGUGCCAGCAGCAGGCGGGCUCAGCUAAUGCUUCUGCAGGAAGCCUGGAGGAGUGCUGUGCUUGGCCCUGCGGACAGAGCUGGCGGGAGGGCAGCUCCCAGGCCGGCCUCAGCUGCUCCAGCCGACCCCUCCCAGGCAGCACUCCCUCUCCAGCCGUCCUGCAGCCCCUGGCAGGGGCCGUGGCCUAGUUCUGGAGCCAGCGCCAGCGGCCCUCGGCCACCUGUGCCACCUGGGCGGGCUUCCACUACCGGACCUUUGAUGGGCGCCACUACCACUUCCCGGGCCGCUGGGCUUACCUGCUGGCGGGCGCCGCUGAUGCCACCUGGGCCGUCCACCUCACGCCGGGGCACUGCCCCCAGCCUGGGCACUGUCAGCUGGCCCGAGUAAUGAUGGGACCCGAGGAGGUGCUGAUCCAGGGCAAAAAUGUCUCUGUGAACGGGAAGCUGGUACCUGAUGGGGAGUCUCAGCUGCUCCACGGGCUGAGCCUGCAGUGGCAAGGGGACUGGCUGGUGCUGUCAGGGGGCCUGGGGGUCAUUGUGCGCCUGGACAGGUCCAGUUCGGUCUCCGUUUCUGUGGACUCUGAGCUCCAGGGACAAACUCAAGGUCUCUGUGGAGUCUACAAUGGCCAGCCUGAGGAUGACUUCCUGGAGCCCGGAGGGAGACUGGUUGUGUUAGCUGCCACCUUUGGGAAUUCCUGGAGGCUCCCUGACUCCGAGCCUGGGUGUCUGGAUUCAGUGGAGGCAGCCCAGGGUGAGGACCCCCUGAGCGGCACAGAGGCAGGCACGGAGGCUGAAGCCCAGGAUGUGUGCCACCAGCUGCUGGACAGUCCGUUCAGGGAAUGCCAUGCCCAGGCUCCCCCUGCUGAGUACCACCAGGCCUGCCUCUUUGCCUACAGUUCUGGGGCCCCAGCAGGCAGUGGGCGAGAGGCCCGUCGGGAAGCCGUGUGCACCACCUUGGCCAGCUAUGCCCAGGAGUGUGCCAAGCAGCAUAUCCAUGUGGGCUGGAGGAAGCCGGGCUUCUGCGAGCGCCCGUGCCCUGGGGGCCAGCUGUACUCCUGCACCUCGGCUUGCCCAGCCAGCUGCUCAGCAGUGGGUGAAGGAGGGGAGGGGUCCUGCCGGGGAGCGUGCGUGAGCGGCUGCGAGUGCCCGCCGGGCCUCUUCUACCCUACGGCUUCUGGCUUCUUCUACGGCUGCCCCUGCUCCCACCGGCGCCGGCCCUACCCCGGGGUAGGGGACACCGUGCGCCAGCUGUUCAACCCCUGCGUGUGCCAGGACGGCCGCUGGCUCUGCGCGCAGGCGCCGUGCCCAGCUGAGGGCGCGGUGGGCGGGGACGGGCAUUACCUCACCUUCGAUGGGCGGAGCUUCUCCUGCCGCGGCCGCCCGGGUGGCCGCUCCAGCCUGGUGCAGGACUUGAAGGGGCAGUUGCUGAUUGUGCUGGAGCAUGGGGCCUGUGACACGGGGAACUGCCUCCACGCCAUCUCUGUCUCUGGGGACACCCACAUCCAGCUCAGAGACUCAGGGGCUGUACUCAUCGAUGGGCAGGAUGUGGGCUUGCCGUGGCGUGGGCCUAAGGGCCUCAGUGUCUCUCGAGCCUCCUCCACCUUCCUACUGCUGCGCUGGCCUGGGGCCCAAGUCCUCUGGGGAGUGUCUGACCCCGCAACCUACAUCACUCUGGACCCCCGCCAUGCCCACCAGGUGCAGGGUCUGUGUGGCACCUUCACCUGGAACCAGCAGGAUGACUUCCUGACACCUGCUGGCGAUGUGGAGACCAGCACUGCAGCCUUUGCUAGCAAGUUCCAGGUGGCAGGCGAGGGAAGCUGCCCCGCAGACGACAGCGCCCCACUUUCCCCCUGCGGCACCCACACUCAGCGCCACGUUUUUGCGGAGACAGCUUGUGCUGUCCUGCACGGCCCCACCUUCCAGGAAUGCCAAGCGCUGGUGGACAGGGAGCCGUUCCACCUGCGCUGCUUGGCAGCUGUGAGCGGCUGUGCUCCUGGCAAGGACUGCCUGUGCCCUGUGCUCACUGCCUUUGCUCGUCCCCGUGCCCAGGAGGGUGCCCGGUCUCCCUGGAGGACCCGCACGCUCUGCCCUGUCCCGUGUCCUGGGGGCCAGGAGUACCAGGAGUGUGUCCCAGCGUGUGGUCGAAACUGUGGGGAGCCAGAAGACUGUGGGGAGCUGGGCAGCUGUGUGGCUGGUUGUAACUGCCCCCCAGGACUGCUGUGGGACCCCAAGGGCGAGUGCGUGCCCCCCAGCUUGUGCUCCUGCCGGCUUGGAACUCAUCGCUAUGCCCCUGGCAGUGCCACCAUGAAGGACUGCAACCGCUGUGUCUGUCAGGAGAGGGGCCUCUGGAAUUGCUCUGCUCACCGCUGUGGCCCCCAGCAGACAUUCUGCCCCCGUGACCUUGUCUAUGUCCCUGGUGCCUGCCUCCUCACGUGUGACAGCCCUGGUGCCAACCACUCCUGCCCCCCGGACAGCCCAGGGAGCUGUGUCUGUCCCCCAGGCACCGUGCUGCUGAACGAGCGCUGCGUGCCUCCUGAGCUCUGUCCCUGCCGUCACGGAGGGCAGUGGUAUCCGCCCAACACUACCAUCCAGGAGGACUGGAACAUUCGCGUAUGUCAGGCUCAGCAAUGGCACCGCACGGGCCACCGGUGCGGCGGAUGGUGCCAGGCAUCGGGUGCCCCCCACUACGUCACCUUUGAUGGGCUGGCUUUCACCUUCCCUGGAGCCUGCGAAUAUCUGCUGGUUCAAGAGGCCAGCGGCUGGUUCAGCGUCUCUGCCCAGAACCUGCCCUGUGGGGCCAGUGGGCUCACCUGCACCAAGGCGCUGACCGUGCAACUACAGAGCACUGUUGUGCAUAUGCUCAGAGGCCGGGCAGUGAUGGUGAAUGGUGUGAGCAUAACGGGCCCCAAGGUCUGCGCAGGCCCUGGGCUGAGCCUGCUCCGUGCUGGUCUCUUCCUGCUGCUCACGACCCGCCUGGGCCUCAGCCUGCUCUGGGACGGAGGCACCCGGGUCCUGGUGCAGCUGUCCCCACAGUUCCGUGGCCGUGUGUCUGGGCUGUGUGGAGAUUUUGAUGGAGAUGCCAGUAACGACCUGCGGAGCCGCCAGGGCGCUGAGCCCACAGCGGAGCUGGCUGCCCACUCCUGGCACCUGAGUCCGCUCUGCCCCGAGCCAGGAGACCUGCCACACCCCUGCACCGUGAACGCCCACCGGGCCAGCUGGGCCCGCGGCCGCCGCGGGGUGAUGCUGCAGUCGCUCUUUGCCCGGUGCCACGCAGAGGUGCCUCCGCAGCAGCACUACGAGCGGUGUGUGCAUGACGCGUGCGGCUGCGAUUCGGGGGGCGACUGUGAGUGUCUCUGCUCGGCCAUUGCCACCUGCGCAGACGAGUGUGCCCGGCGUGGGCUCCCCGUGCGCUGGCACAGCCAGGAACUCUGCCCUCUGCAGUGUGAAGGGGGCCAGGUGUACGAGGCCUGUGGCCCCAUGUGUCCCCCGACCUGCCAUGACCGUGGUCCUGAGCCCGGGUGGCACUGCCGCUGUGUGGAGGGCUGCUUCUGCCCCGAGGGGACUCUGCUGCAUGGAGGAGUCUGCUUAGAACCAGCUUCCUGCCCCUGUGAGUCAGGGGGCAGCUUCUUCCUGCUGGGGACUGUGCUGCAGAAGGACUGUGGGAACUGCACAUGCCAGGAAAGCCAGUGGCUCUGCGAGAGCGACACUACCCGCUGUGAGGAGCUGGAGCCUGGCUGUGCGGAGGGAGAGGCCCCAUGCCGGGACAGUGGGCACUGUGUGCCCCACAGGUGGCCUUGUGACAACCAGGAUGACUGUGGCGAUGGCUCAGACGAGGAGGGACCCUUUGUCAUCCCUACCCUGCCUGCUUGCCCCAUGCCAGGCUGUGGGGAGGGGCAGAUGUUUUGCCGCUCUGGCCACUGCCUGCCCCUGGCCCUGCUCUGUGACGGGCAGGACGACUGUGGAGACGGGACGGACGAGCAGGGCUCAUGCCCCCACGACACGCUGGCUUGCACUGAUGGGCGCUGCCUGCCCCCCGCCCUGCUCUGUGACGGGCAUCCCGACUGUCCGGACGCCGCUGACGAGGAGGCCUGUCUGGGGCAGCUGAACUGCUCUCCUGGGGAGCUGUCCUGCGUUGAUGGCACCUGCGUGGGGGCCGUCCUGCUGUGUGACAGAAUCUGGGACUGCCCGGAUGGAGCCGACGAGGGACCCGGGCACUGCCCCUUCCCUUCGCUGCCCACUCCCCCAGCGGGCACUGUGCCUGGCCCUUCCGCGGGCUUUGGGGCGACUGCACCAACUCCCCGGGCCAGCGCCAGCCCCGCGCCGCCCUGCCCCCUCGAAUUCCCGUGCGGCUGCGGCGAGUGCGCGCCCCGGGGCUGGCGCUGCGACCGCGAGGAGGACUGCGCCGACGGCGGCGACGAGCACGGCUGCGGCCCGCCCUGCGCCCCGCACCCCGCGCCCUGCGCCCGCGGCCCGCACUGCGUGGCCCCCGCGCAGCUGUGCGACGGCGUGCCGCACUGCCCCGACGGCUCGGACGAGGGCCCCGCCUGCGAGGGGAUGACAGCCCCAGGAGGCCCCAACGGGACCAGGGCUCCCUGCCCGGAAUACUCCUGCCCUGAUGGCCUCUGCAUCAGUUUCCAGCUGGUUUGUGACGGGCCGGAGCUAGGGCCUUCCCCAGAAGAGCAGGGCUGUGGGGCCUGGGGCACCUGGAACUCGUGGGGGCCGUGCAGCCGGACGUGGGGGCCUGGGGUGCAGGGCCGGAGCCGCCACUGCUCCCCACCGGGUCUCCCCAUGCUGCAGCACUGCCCAGGCCCCAAGCACCAGACUCAGGCCUGCUUCACGGCCGCCUGCCCAGUGGGUGGCGAAUGGACCUUCUGGUCUCCCUGGUCCCUGUGCGCUGAGCCAUGCAUGGGCACCAUGACCCGUCAGCGACAGUGCCACCCUCCCCAGAAUGGGGGCCGGACCUGUGCCAUGCUGCCCGGGGGCCCUCCCACCACCCGCCAGACCAGGCCCUGCCCUCAGGAUGGCUGCCCCAGUGCCACCUGCUCUGGGCAGCUGGUGUUCUGGCCCUGUGCCCCCUGCCCCCUGACUUGUGCUGAAAUCUCUGGUCAGGCUGUGUGCGCGGCUAACCAGACCUGCAGUGGCCCAGGCUGCUGGUGCCCUGCAGGCCAGGUGCUGGGCAGCGAGGGGCGGGGCGUGUGGCGGCAGUGCCCCUGCCUGCUGGAUGACAUGGAGUGGUCCGGGCAGCGCAUCGAGGCCGACUGCCAGCUCUGCACCUGCCAAGAUGGGUGGCCUCAGCGCUGUCGGCCCGACCCUGGCUGUGCCGUGAACUGUGGCUGGUCCUCUUGGUCCCCAUGGGCUGAGUGCUUGGGCCCCUGUGGGAGCCAGAACAUUCAGUGGUCCUUCCGGAGCCCCAACAACCCCCACCUCUCCGGCGAAGGUCGCCAGUGCCGAGGCAUCCACCACAAGGCCCGCAGGUGCCGGAUGGAGGCCUGUGCGGGCUGUGAGCGGCAGGGCCGGCUCCGUGGCGUGGGGGAGCGCUGGCGAGGCCCCUGCACGGUCUGCCAGUGUCUGCCCAGCAGCACCGUGCGCUGCUCCCCGUACUGCCCACUGGGCACCUGACUCUUGUGUCCACAGGACUGGGUCCUGGUGGAGGGAAUGGGAGGUUCAUGUUGCCGCUGCGCCCCGCCUGGAGAGAACCAGAUGGUCCGCCCCCUGGCCACUCCUGCCCCCUCUCCAGCCUUCAGUGCCCAGAUCGGACCCCCUCUGGUCACCUACGUUCUGCCUCUGCCUGGAGACCCCUGCUAUUCCCUGCUGGGCCUGGCCUGACUCCGGGGAAGCCUGAAGCUGGAGCCCCCCACCCAGGCUGCCCUCCUGGGGGCUCCCACCAAGGGGCCUGGCUAUCCGGGUCGGAGCACUCAGCGGCACACCCGGCCCCCCUACCUGCUGCUGGACCUGCUGCUGCCCCAGAACCUCACUGGCAUCAUGGUGCAGGGGGCUGGGUCCUCGGCCUUGCUCCAGUUCAGCAGCGAUGGUCUACACUGGCACAACUAUACCGAUAUCCUGCCUGGUAUCCUGCCCCCAGCCAAGCUUUCCCCUAGGAACCGGGAGGACGGGGCCCCCACAGUGCAGACCUUUCGCCAGAUGAUGCAGGCACAGCACGUCCGGGUGUGGCCCCAGGUCCGCCGCGGCCACGCCAACCGCAGCAUCUCCCUGCAGGUGGAGCUGCUGGGCUGUGAGCCAGCAGUGUCCCCGCAGGCGGUGCCCCCGUGCCCAGGGGGCGGGCACCGCUGUGCCGGUGGUGAGUGGGCUCCGCGGGGGGAGCCGUGCGAGGGGCUGAAGGACUGUGAGGAUGGCUCCGACGAGGAGGGCUGCGUGCCCCUGCCCGCAGCCACUGACAGGUAUGGGGUGCCCUGCUGCCCAGCUUCGCCUUAGAGGGGCCGGCCUGCAGGACUGCCCUUGGGGCCCAGGCUGAGCCCUCUCCCUCCACAGGCUCUGGCAGAGGCCGAACACUGGCAUCCCUCGCGAGGGUCAUCCAUACCCCCCACAGGGAAGGGACCAGCGACUCAGGCCCUAGCCUCCGAGCCUCCUCACUUGAGUCCUGGGGAAUCUGUGCAGACCGUGACCACCACCCCCAUAUCCCAGGUGACCCCAGAAGCAGAGGCCCCGGGGCCGGCUGUGGUGGUGCCCACAGUCCAGAGCGUCGCCCCAGAGCCCUUCGCCCCGGCAAGGUGCAGCCCAGGCCAGGUGCCCUGUGAGGUGCUGGGAUGUGUGGAGCGGCAGCUGUGUGACAGGAGGGAGGACUGUCUGGACGGCUCCGACGAGAGGCACUGUGCGAGCCCUGUGCCCUUCACGGUGCCCACCACGGCCCUGCCCGGGCUGCCGGCCUCGCAAGCCCUCUGCUCCCCGAGCCAGCUGAGCUGCGGUAAUGGGGAGUGCCUGCCGGCUGAGCGGCACUGUGACCUGCGGCCGGACUGCCAGGACGGCUCUGUUGAGGACGGCUGUGUGGACUGUGGGCUGACGCCCUGGUCUGGCUGGAGCCUCUGCAGCCGCACCUGUGGGCUGGGCCUCGCCUUCCAGCGCCGGGACCUGCUGCGGCCUCCCCUGCCUGGGGGCAACUGCCCAUCCGACAGGCUCCGCAGCCAGCCCUGCUUCGUGCAGACCUGCCCAGUGGCUGGGGCGUGGGCUGUGUGGGGGGCUUGGGGGCCCUGCAGCGUCUCCUGUGGCGGUGGCCAUCGGAGUCGCCGGAGGAGCUGUGUGGACCCCCCGCCCAAGAACGGUGGUGCCCCCUGCCCCGGGGCCUCCCACGAGGGGGCACCGUGCGCCCUGCACCCCUGCACAGGGGACACAGACUGUGGGCUGGGCCGUGUGCAUGUUGGUGCUGAGCUGUGCCGGAAGGGGCUGGUGGCUCCGUGUCCGCCCUCCUGCUUGGAUCCUGAGGCCAACAGAAGCUGCAGCGGGCACUGUCUGGAGGGAUGCCGCUGCCCCCCUGGGCUCCUCCUCCGUGAUGCUCACUGCCUGCCCCUCUCUGAGUGCCCUUGCCUCGUGGGUGAAGAGCUGAAGCAGCCAGGGGUGCCCUUCCUCCUGGACAACUGCAGCCUCUGCAUGUGUGAGAAGGGGGCCCUGCUGUGCGAACCAGAGGGCUGCCCCGUGCCCUGUGGCUGGUCAGCCUGGUCCUCCUGGGGUCCCUGUGACCGCUCCUGUGGCUCUGGAGUGAGGGCCAGGUUCAGAUCCCCUUCCAACCCUCCGGCUGCUUCUGGGGGCACCCCAUGUGAAGGCGACACGUGUGUGCAGGCCUGCCACGUGGAGUGCAGGACAGAGGCGCCGGGCUGGACCCCCUGGGCGCCCUGGUCCUCCUGCUCCCAGAGCUGCCUUACCGUCGGAGGAGGCCCCGGUUGGCGCCAUCGUUCCCGGCUCUGCCCCAGCCCCGGGGACACAUCCUGCCCAGGAGAGGCCACCCAGGAGGAGCCCUGCAGCCCCGCUGUGUGCCCAGUGCCAGGCGCCUGGGGUCUGUGGGCUCCCUGGUCGGCCUGCUCGGCCCCCUGUGACGGAGGCAUCCAGAUAUGCGGGCGCAGCUGCUCUGGCGUUACUCCCGGGGACCCCGAGUGCCAGGGGCCUCACAGCCAGACCAGGGAUUGCAACACGCAGCCCUGCACAGCCCAGUGCCUGGGGGACAUGGUGUUCCGCUCAGCAGAGCAGUGCCAGCGGGACGGGGGCCCCUGCCCUCAGCUGUGCCUGGCUCAGGACCCUGGGGUAGAGUGCGCCAGCUUCUGCGCCCCCGGCUGUGCCUGCCCCGGCGGCCUCUUCCUGCACAACGCCAGCUGCUAGCCCCGCACUCGGUGCCCCUGCCAGUUGCAGGGGCAGCUCUACGCCCCGGGAGCACGGGCUCGGCGGGACUCCUGCACCAACUGUACCUGUGUCUCCGGUGAGAUGGUGUGCACCUCGGAGCCCUGCCCAGUGGCCUGUGGCUGGAGCCCCUGGACCCCGUGGAGUCUCUGCAGCCACAGCUGUGACAUGGGCAUUCGGCGGCGCUUCUGGGCAGGCACUGCGCCUCCAGCUGCCUUUGGGGGUGCUCUGUGCCAGGGCCCCAGCAUGGAGGCCGAGUUCUGCAGCCUGCGGUCCUGUCGGGGUCCUGGUGGGGAGUGGGGCCCCUGGUCCCUGUGCUCCGUGCCCUGCGGCGGCGGCUACCAGAACCGCAUCCAAGGCGGUAGCCUCAAUGACCCUAUGGAGUUCUCGGCCUACGGGCGGCAGCCCUGCGCAGGGCCCGUGCCUGGCGUGUGUCCCAAGGGCAAGCGGUGGCUGGACUGCGCCCAGGGCCCUGCCUCCUGUGUGGAGCUCAGUGACCCGCAAGGGACAGACCAGACCUGCCACCCCGGCUGUUACUGCCCUUCUGGGAUGCUCCUGCUGAACAACGUGUGUGUGCCCUUCCAGGACUGCCCCUGUGCUCAUGGGGGACGCCUUUAUCCCCCGGACAGUGUGGUGCUUCGUCUCUGUGAGAACUGCUCCUGUGUUUCUGGGCUUAUCACCCACUGCACCUCCUGGCUUUGUGAGGAGGGUCAGCCCAUAUGGUCACCCUGGACCCCAUGGAGCGAGUGCUCAGCCUCCUGUGGCCCUGGCCGUCGCCACCGGCGCCGCUUCUGCUCUGGGCCCCCCACCGCGGACCCGUCUGUCCUGGCACUGCCAUCCCCACCAACCUUGCCUACUCCUCCUUGCCCAGGCCCCGACGCUGAGGAGGAGCCCUGCCUCCUGCCAGGGUGUGACCGAGCUGGGGGCUGGGGGCCUUGGGGGCCCUGGUCCAGCUGUAGCCGGAGCUGUGGGGGAGGCCUGCAAAGCUGGAUGCGAGCCUGCGACCAGCCCCCACCCCAGGGCCUGGGGGAUUACGAGGGGCCUCGGGCCCAGGGAGAGGCCUGCCAGGCUCUGCCAUGCCCAGUGACCGACUGCACCGCCAUUGAGGGGGCCGAGUACAGCCCGUGUGGCCCUGCCUGUCCUCGCUCCUGUGACGACCUCAUGCACUGCGUGUGGCGCUGCCAGCCCGGCUGCUACUGCCCUCCUGGCCAGGUGCUGAGCGCCGACGGGGCCUUCUGCGUGCCGCCCGGCCACUGUGGCUGCCUGGACCUGCUGAGCGGGGAGCGGCACCGGCCGGGGCUCGGCUGCCCAGGCCCAGGCUGCAACUACUGCACCUGCUUGGAGGGGAGGCUGAACUGCACAGACCUGCCUUGCCUAGUGCCGGGUGGCUGGUGUCCGUGGUCGGAGUGGACAGCGUGCUCCCAGCCUUGCAGGGGUCAGACGAGGACCCACUCCAGGGCCUGCACCUGCCCCGCUCCUCAGCACGGGGGGACCCCGUGCCCUGGUAAAGCAGGGGAGGCAGGGGCCCAGCAUCAGAAGGAGACCUGCCCCAGCCCCCCCGACUGCCCAGUGGAUGGAGCCUGGAGCCCGUGGGGACUGUGGUCUCCCUGUGACCUGUGCCUGGGGCAGUCCCAUCGGAGCCGGGAGUGUAUCUGGCCCCCCACCCCCGAAGGAGGCAGGCCCUGCCCUGGGGGCUACAGGCAGAGUCGCCCCUGCCAAGACAAUUCCACACAACGCACAGCCUGUGGGGAUGGAUGCCAGGGUCUUCUCCCCUGUGGGUGGCCCUGUCCCCGCUCCUGCCAGGACCUAUCUCCGGGGAGUGUGUGCCAGCCAGGACCGACGGGCUGCCAGCCCAGCUGUGGGUGCCCCCCCGGCUAGCUGUCCCAGGAUGGCCUUUGUGUGCCUCCCGCCCGCUGCCACUGUCACUACCAGCCUGGAGCCAUGGGGAUUCCUGAGAACCAGAGCCGGUCAGCAGGGCCUGGGCUCAGCUCCUGGGAGAGCCUGGAACCCAGAGAGGUGGUGACUGGGCCCUGUGACAACUGGGCCAGCGGUGGGCAAGCAGAGGAGGAAGUAGCCAGAUUCAGGGAGGGGAGCCUGUGGGAGGGUGUGACAUUGGCCCUGAGGGGCACAACGCAGGGAGGAUAUCGUGGGAACAGCUGGGGAGCCAUGGGAGGGCGGGCGCAGGGGCGAGUAAGCAGGUGGCAGGGUGGGCGUCGAAGGAGCCACCGCGGGCAGCGCAGGCCAGAGCCGGGCCCUGAUGUAAGUGUUGCCCCAGAGGCAGGCUGCCCGGCUGGACGUCUGUACCAGGAGUGCCCGCCCGGCGAGGGGUGCCCCUUCUCCUGCGCCCACGUCACUCGGCAGGUGGGCUGCUUCUCCACUAGCUGCAGGGAGGGCUGCCACUGCCCCGUGGGCACCUUCCAGCACCGCUUGUCCUGUGUCCAGGAGUGCCCCUGCGUGCUCACCGCCUCGCUGCUCUGGGAGCUGGGAGCUGCCGGCGCUGACUCUGCGGCUCGCCCCCCCAUUCUGGGAGAGGGCGGUCAGCCCCUUGGGCCUGGGGAUGAGUUGGGCUCAGGCCAGAGCCUUCGUACAGGCUGCAGGCACUGCUCCUGUGUGCGUGGGCAGCUGUCUUGCUCGGUGGGGGACCGCUCCAAGGCUGCCGAUGGCUUCAGUCCCUGGGGGCCAUGCGGCCCAUGCUCCCGGUCUUGUGGUGGGCUGGGCACCCAAACCCGCAGCCGCCCGUGUGUGCGGCCCUCCCCAGCUCCAGGCAGCUGGGGCUGCGGUGGGCCCCGCCAGGACCUCAAGGACUGCCCCAGCCCAGACUGCCCAGGGGCUGGAGGGUCCACAGUGGAGCCCGUGACAAGCCUUCCAGGCGGCUGGGGCCCAUGGUCCCCAUGGUCCCCAUGCUCUCACACCUGCACAGACCCCACUCACCCUGCUUGGCGCAGUGGUACUCGCCUCUGCCUGGCAAACUGCACCGGGGGGGCCGCGUCACAGGAGCGCCCUUCCAACUUGCCCUCCUGCACAGAGCUGCCCCUGUGCCCCAGCCCUGGCUGUGUGGCUGGGAACUGUUCCUGGACCGCCUGGGCCCCAUGGGAACCUUGUUCCCGAAGCUGCGGGGUGGGCCAGCAGUGCCGUCUGCAGGCCUACCAUCCCCCAGGGCCCAGUGGGCACUGGUGCCCCGACAUCCUUACCGCUUACCAGGAGAACCGCUUCUGCAACCUGCGGGCUUGCCCAGUGCCUGGAGGCUGGUCACGCUGGAGUCCCUGGUCCUGGUGUGACCAGAGCUGGGGGGGGGGGGCUUCCCUGAGGAGUCACAGCUGCUCAAGCCCUCCACCCAAGAACAGGGGUGCCCCCUGUGUUGGGGAGAGGCACCAUGCUCGGCUCUGCAAUCCCUUGCCCUGUGAGGAGGGCUGCCCAGCAGGCAUGCAGAUGGUCAGCUGUGCCAACCGUUGUCCCCACCGCUGCUCAGACCUCCAGGAGGGGAUCGUGUGUCAGGACGGCCAGGCCUGCCAGCCGGGUUGCCGCUGCUCGGAGGGCUUCCUGGAGCAGGACGGCGGCUGCGUGCCGAGGCACUGCGAGUGUACAGAUGCCCAGGGCCAGAGCUGGGCCCCGGGCAGCCAGCACCAGGAGGCCUGCAGCACCUGCACCUGCCAGGCUGGGCGCCUCUCCUGCACGGCUCAGCCCUGCCCACCGCCUGCCCGCUGCGCCUGGAGCCGCUGGUCAGCCUGGAGUCCCUGCAGCCGCUCGUGUGGGCCCGAGGGGCAGCAGAGCCGCUUCCGGUCCUCCACAUCGGGCUCGUGGGCCCCAGAGUGUCGGGAGGAGCAGUCCCAGAGCCAGCCCUGCCCUCAGCCCCCGUGCCCACCUCUGUGCCUGCACGGUGCUCGCCUCCACCCCCUGGGGGACAGUUGGCUGCAGGGCAAGUGUCAGUGGUGCUCCCGUACCCCGGAGGGCAUCAUAUGUGAAGACAUCGAGUGUGCAGUACCCGGGGCCUGGACGCUCUGGUCCCCCUGGUCUGAAUGCCCUGUCUCCUGUGGAGGUGGAAGCCAGGUUCGCACCCGGGUCUGCAUGGCCUCGGCCGCUGACUGCAGCGGGGCCCCCUGCCUGGGCCCUGGCACCCAGACCCAGCGCUGUGGAUGGCAGCCUUGCCUGGGGCUGCUGGAGGCCUGCUCCUGGGGCCCGUGGGGGCCCUGUUCCAGCAGCUGUGGCCCAGGCCUGGCCUCCCGCUCUGGGUCCUGCCCGUGCCCACUGGCCGAAGUCGACCCCACCUGCAAUGGCACCUUCCUCCACCUGGACACCCAGGCCUGCUACCCAGGGCCCUGCCUAGAGGAGUGCCUGUGGAGCAGCUGGAGCAGCUGGAGCAGCUGGACGCGAUGCUCCUGCCAGGUGCUGGUCCAGCAGCGCUACCGGCACCAGGGACCAGCACCCACAGGGAGCGGCGCGGGGGGCUCUCCCUGCCCGCGCCUGGACGGCCACUUCCGGCCCUGCCCCAUCAGCAACUGCUCGGAAGACAGCUGCACACCUCCCUUUGAGUUCCGGGCCUGUGCCCCGCCCUGUGCCGGGCUCUGCACCACACACCUGAGCCAUCGGCUCUGCUAGGACCUGCCGCCCUGCCAGCCUGGCUGCUACUGUCCAGAGGGGCUGCUGGAGCAGGCGGGGGGCUGCAUUCCCCCAGAGCAGUGUAGCUCCCUGCACCUCACAGGAGAAGGAGCCACAGUGACCCUGGCCCCCGGGGAACGCCUGCACCUGGUCUGCAAAGAGUGUGAAUGCCAGCAUGGAGAACUGCAGUGCACCAGCCAGGGCUGUCAAGGUCUUCUUCCUCUGAGUGGGUGGUCCGAGUGGUCACCCUGUGGGCCCUGCCUGCCCCCUGGCGUGCUGGCCCCUGCCUCCAGGACUGUGCUAGAGGAGCGCUGGUCUCAGCACCCAGCUGGCCGCUCCCCGACCUUGGCCCCCUGGCUGGCUUCGGAGCAGCACCGCCAUCGCCUCUGUUUGGACCCUGAGACGGGGAGGCCGUGGGCUGGAGACCCAGACCUCUGCACCGCCCCACUUAGCCAGCAGCGCCUCUGCCCGGACCGAGGACUUAUGCCAUGGAGUCCUUGGGGGCCCUGGAGCCCCUGCCAGGUGCCCUGCAGUGGAGGUUCCCAGCUACGCUGGAGAGAGGCAGCGCCCACCCCUGGAGGAGGCUGCUGGGGGCCAUGGGCUCAGACUGAGAGCUGCAAUGUGGCGCCCUGCCCAGGGGAGAGCUGCGAAGCCCGGGACACCGUGCCCACCCUUGACUCUGCCAACCGAUGCCCCAGAAGCUGUGCCGACCUCUGGGACCACGUGCAGUGUCUGCAGGGGCCAUGCCCCCCAGGCUGCCGCUGCCCCCCUGGCCAACUGAUACAGGAUGGACACUGCGUGCCCAUCUCCUCCUGCUGCUGUGGCCUUCCCAGCCCCAAUGCCUCAUGGGUGGUGGCCCCAGCUGAGGUAGCACAGCUGGACUGCAAAAACUGCACCUGUAUCAAUGGGUCCCUGAUGUGCCCACACCACGAGUGCCCUGUCCUUGGGCCUUGGUCAGCCUGGAGCAGCUGCUCUGCUCCCUGUGGUGGGGGCACUAUGGAGCGGCAUCGGAGCUGUGAGGAGGGUCCUGUGGGGGUACCAUGCCAGGCCCGGGACACAGAACAGUGGCAGGAAUGUAACCUGCAGGCCUGCCCCGAGUGCCUACCUGGCCAGGUGCUCAGAAUCUGUGCCACUGCAUGCCCACGCCUCUGCUCACAUCUGCAGCCUGGUGCCCUCUGUGUGCAGGAACCCUGUCAGCUUGGCUGCGGCUGCCCUGGAGAGCAGCUGCUGCACCAUGGCAUGUGUGUGCCCCCCGCUGCAUGCCCCUGCACCCAGAUCUCUCUGCCAUGGGGCCUUACCUUGCUCCUUGAAGAGCAGGCCCGGGAGCUUCCCCCAGGGACUGUGCUCAUCUGGAACUGUACCCGCUGUAUCUGCCGAGAUGGAGCCUUCAACUGCUCCCUAGCCGACUGUCAUGAGUGCCCCUCCGGGGAAAUGUGGCAGCAGCUCCCUGGGGAGCUGGGGCUGUGCGAGCGGACGUGCCGGGAGCCCAACGCCACGGAGACCCAGGGCAGCUGCAGUGCAGCGCGGGCCCCGGGCUGUGUGUGCGGGCACGGGCACUUGCACAGCCAGGCGGGCCUCUGCGUGCCCGCGGACGGCUGCGAGUGCUGGCGCCGCGGGCAUCCCCACCUGCCCGGAUCCGAAUGGCAGGAGGACUGUGACAGCUGCCGCUGCGUCCGCGGGAGGAGUGUCUCACCCAGCGCUGCCCCCCCCCUCACCUGUGCCCAGGGCGAGGUGACUGUGCAGGAGCCAGGGAGCUGCUGUCCCACUUGCCGCCAAGAGACCCUGGAGGAGCAGUCAGCCUCCUGCUGGCAUCUCACCGAGCUGCGCAACCUCACCAAGGGCCCCUGCUACCUGGACCAGGUAGAAGUGAGCUACUGCCGCGGGCACUGUCCAUCCAGCACCAACGUCAUGCCUGAGGAGCCGUACCUGCAGAGCCAGCGAGGCUGCUGCAGCUACAGCCGGGCCCCCGAGAGCCCCGUGCGGAUCCUGACCCUGCGCUGUCCCGGCGGCCGGGAGCCGGUGGUGCUGCCCGCCAUCCGCAGCUGCCAGUGCGGCGCCUGCCAGGGAGGUGACUUCUCAAAGCACUGAUGGCUCCCCUGCACGAGGCUGCCUCCACCCCUCCUGUCAUCACCGGGCUCGGAGGCACUGACCCCCUCCUCCCGUGCCGGCCCGCCCACACCAUGCCCUGGUACCAGCAUCUCCCAAAUAAAGUGAC